AUGACGGUAUCGGUGUAUUUUGACAAAAAAGAAGCAGUAUCAGAGGUACAAUUGACAGCAGCAGAGCGAAAAACAACACGUAUUUACCAUGCAUUUCGAAAUGUGCGUCAAGAAUAUGCAUUUGUAGAGUUUGAACUUGAGACAGAUCUGAGACCACUUUUUCACUGGAAUACGAAACAAGUGUUUGUAUACGUAGUGGCAUCGUAUGCAUCGUCUAUAAAAUAUCCGUAUAACGAGGUGAUGGUGUGGAAUCGAAUUGUUAAAGAUAAAAAAAAGGCGGUGAUCCGAGUGAAAGAACAGAAGAAUAUAAACAAGAAUGUAACACUUUCGAUGUAUUAUAAUGUUAUGCCACAGGUAGGGCUUUUGAUAUGGGGAAAUGGUAAGCCAUCGGGUAGACUUCCUUUUUCUGUAUCUCGCUGA